GUAAUCCUUCAGCCCUGUCCGUGUUCGGUGUGCAAACAAACAACGGAGGGGUUGCUCCGAGCUGCCGGUGGACUGUGUGUACAGCAUCAGGUUUCACAGGACGGGGAUUAAUUACAUCCAUGGAAGAGAUGGCCCUGACUGAACCCGUCUCUGCACACACCGACCAAUAACAUAGUCAUCCUGACCCCCUCCACAUGCUUGUGCACUCACCGUUGUUCUUCGUAUCACCAUGAGCUGGACCUUGUCUCUGAGACGUGGCUUGAUUCAUGUGAGAAUGGUUACUGAAUAGUUGAUGAGCUGGGAGAAAAAGAAAGGGAGUGCAAGGGGUGGGAUGGGGCAAAAAUAGAGAGACAGUCAGAAGGGAGGGAGGGAUUGAGCAGAAAGGCGGGUAUCCUCUCUCCUCCUUCACACACUGGCUCAGUGAGGUUUGGGUGUUUGAUGUAAACCAAGAAGAAGAGAGGUCAGGACUCAACCUGAGGAGAAAGAGCACCAGGGGGCGGAUGGCCCGUGCUCUCAGCUGAUCAGGGGAAACUACGAGUCGCCAUGGAGAAAUUAAAAGGUCCUACAGCUGGAUUCACCAAAGCCACCUGUGGAUGGAGAGCCCUGCUUCUGCCGCAGCUGAACAGACAGUCUCUGUAUGUGUACGGCAGCGAGGUGGCAGUGGAGAAGGAGUGCAUCCGUCAGCUGGCCAGCGGAGUCUUCGUCAUUCACCCUUUUAGCCCCAUGAGGAGUUACUACAUCAUGUGCAUGAUGGCCAUCACGUUUCUGAACCUCAUCGGGAUUCCCAUGGAGAUAGCGUUCAUGGACGGCCACAGCGGCCUGGCCUGGGAAAGCUUUAAUGUGUUCUCGGACACCUUGUUCCUGUUAGACGUGGUUCUGAACUUCCGGAUGGGAAUCAUAACGGAGGACGCAGAGGAAGCCAUUCUAGAUAUCAAGAGGAUCCGAGUCAGUUACCUGAGGACGUGGUUCAUACCAGACCUCAUAGCAGCAUUCCCAAUCGGAUACAUUCUGCUGUUUGCGGACCUACAUUACCACAACGACGACAGCCCGUCCAAGACCAACAAGAUGAUGAGGAUCCUGAUGUUUGUGCGGAUCCUCAGCCUGAUCCGGCUGGCCCGAGUGUCCAGACUGGUCAGGUUCUUCAACGAAGUGGAGAAAGUGUCGAAUGCAAACCUAGAAGUGGUGCGUCUCUUCUUCCGCAUCCUGUCUCUCUUCAUGAUGAUAUUUUUGCUGUGUCACUGGAACGGCUGCAUCCAGUACUUUGUUCCCAUGCUGGAGGAGUUCCCUAGCGACUGUUGGGUCCGGAAGGAGAACCUGAUGAAUUCCACAGUAAUUGUAAAAUACUCGUGGGGAGUUUUUCGGGCUCUCUCCCAGAUGAUCGCCCUGUCCUACGGAUCCAUGGAUGCUCCAGAAAAUUAUAUUGAGAUGUGGAUCGUCAUGGUUAGCAUGGUGUCUGGCUGCAUGAUGUACACCAUCCUCGUGGCUAACGCUACAACCAUGAUCGCCAACCUCGACCCGGCAGCCAAGGAAUACAAGAGCAAGAUGAGUCGUCUGGAGCACUACAUGACCUUCAUGAAGCUCCCGCCAGAGCUCCAGCUUCGCAUCAGUAACUAUUACCAGGCGCGCUACGGGGGGAAGUGGUUUGAUGAGAAGUACGUCAUGGACACGGUGUCCUCUUCACUUAAAGAGCAAAUCCUGAUGGUGAUGUGCAGCCGGCUGCUAAGAAACGUGCCAAUGUUUCAGAACAGAGAUGAAAACUUUAUCAGCGAGCUCCUCCUCAAACUGAAUUAUGAGGUUUUCCUGGAGGGAGACGUCAUCGUUCGACAGAACGUACCUGGUGAUCGGAUGUUCUUCGUCGAUCACGGCCAGGUUCUCUUGGAGUCCGAUUCCUAUGAGAGAGAGCUGUGUGAUGGAGACUUUUUUGGAGAGACAUGUGUGCUGACCAAAGGCAAACAUCUGGCCACAGUGAAGGCGCUGACUGACUGCCAGUGCUUCUGUCUGUCCUGGCACGACUUCCAGAACACACUCAAGGGCUUCCCAGAUAUAAAGAAGGACUUGGAAAAAAUUGCUCAGCUGAACUCAGAUGGAGGACUUGUGUGAGAUCAAAACCUCUUUGUUUUGGUAUCUAUGCAUUUUCAGGGCAUUACAAGGGGUUGUGUGAAGAUUUUUACCACAAUGAAAGCUGCAAACUUAGUUUCAAUAAGAUAUAAAGCAUAUUUUCAAUUAAACAAUAUAGUCUUUCUUCUGUUUUGCCUUCCGAUCCUGGGUUCUCUUAUUAAACAAUGACCUGAAUCCUUGUGGGAACGCUGUCACAGCACCAAAGAAAGUUCUGAUUGCACUUGUUAUCCCAGGUUGGAGGGAAACCUGUCUCUCUGUCUCAGUCAUCCCUCCGAACAUAGACUGCUCCUGUCAAUUCCUAGCGAGGAGUAAACUCAGCCACUGGAGAAAAUAAGUUUGGUUCUCUCUUUAAAACCUUUCUAGAAACCAUGGAUACGCGGCCCUGUGGAGACCGACACAUGCAUUCUCACACGUGUGCAAAAACAGUCAGGGGCUUUUAGGGGUUUGAAAAGCUUCAGUUUUGUGCCAAAUUGUGAUUUUUAGACUUGACUGAACAUUUAUUUCCCUUUACCCUCCAUUAUCUGUUUUUAUUUUUUUAAAUAUAAACAGCAGACAGUCAGAGGGACCAGGAAGAGAUGGUGUCACAUCUCCUCCUGUGUCUGCUGUAGGCUGAACCAGUGGUUUCCAUCCAGAUAUUCAUUUUCCACUCAGCUAAGCUAACAAAUCCUGAAGGGAAGCCCAGAUAUCCCACUUCCAACUCCUCCUGGAGCAUUCCCAGGCUGGAGAGGAGAUGUUGUCCCAGUGAUUUCUAGGUCUGCCCUGAAGUCUUCUUCUCUUUGGCCUUGUCCCCUUCAGCUGUCUCCAUUAAGUCCAACUAACUUCAUGUCGUCUUUCUCCACAUCCAUAAAUCUCCUUCAUGGUCUUCCUCUCAGCCUCCUGUCUGAUGCCUCCAGCCUCAGCAUCCUUCUACCUAUGUCAUCAUUGUCUCUCCUCUGGACAUGUCCAAACAUCUCAGUCUGUAAUCUCUGACUUUAUCUCCUAAACAUCUAACAUGAGCUAUCCCUGUGAUGGACUUGGUCCUGAUCAUGUCCACCCAUCCUAUCCAAAGAGAACCUGAGCCUCUUGAGCUCUGCGGUCUUGUCCUCGUGGACAUUGUCUCUAAACCAGACAGCGUCACUACUCCUUUUGAUGAGGAGAAGCAGCGGCUCGUUUCAGCUGCUUGGUCAUGGUGAAGGUCUGAAAACAGAUGGACCAGUUCCUGCUCAGCUCCUUCCUCGUGGGUUUUUUAUUCUUAAACUGGUGUCUUAAUUACAACAGGCCAUGUGUGUGUGUGUGUGUGUGUGUGUGUGUGUGUGUGUGUGUGUGUGUGUGUGUGCGUGCGCGCGCGUGCGUGUGUAUGCGUGUGUGUGUGCGUGCGUGUGUAUGCGUGCGUGUGUGCGUGCGUGUGUGAAUAUGUGUGUGUGUGUGUGCGUGUGUAUGCGUGUGCGUGAGUGUGUGUGUGUGCGUGUGUGUGUGUGUGUGUGUGUGUGUGUGUGUGUGUGUGUAUGUGUGUGUGUAUAUGUGUGUGUGUGUGCGUGUGUAUGCGUGUGCGUGAGUGUGUGUGUGCGUGUGUGUGUGUGUGUGUGUGCAUGUGUAUGUGUGUGUGCGUGUGUAUGCGUGUGUAUGCGUGUGUGUGUGUGUGUGUGUGUGUGUGUGUGUGUGUGUGUGUGUGUGUGUGUGUGUGCGUGUGUGUGUCUUGUCUUGGAAUAAGACAGACAGAUUUGAUAUUAAUGCAUCUGUAAUUUCUUCAUCAGCAUUAAUAAAACAGACACCACGUUAUUUAUAAUCUGUAAACUCGUGGGAUUUUUGAGCGAGGAGGUUGUAACGAUUUACAGGAAACCUUCAGAACAAGAGCAUCCAUGGUUUCUAAAAAUGUUAAAAGGUUAUUAAAUCAGGAGGGAAAACAGGUGGAGGUGUUUCACAAAUCCUGUUCCUUUCAGAGUUUACGAUUAGCUCAUGCUUGUGUGUUUUUUAUUUUUUUUACGCAAACUGUCAGAGGUUUUUGUCGACUUCAGGGGCCUUAAAUGUGUUUUCAGAUCACAUUAUCAUGACACAACUGAAGUGGAUUAUGACUCAUAAAUUCAAAUAAUCUGAAAAUUAGAAACUUGUUUUUGUUUUUUGUUUUAGCAAUAAGAAAAUCCGAAGUUCUUCCAGGGGUGCACUGGAGAUGGUUUCAGGUUACUGUGAUGUUAGAUGGAUCCAUUCACAUGCGCAUAACAUUCAUCCAGCUCAUGCAAACCUUCUGUUUUCCUGAUUUGCAGAAAUAUCGUUGUGUUGUGCUUAGAGAAUUAGAAAAAAACAAUUUAUGCAUGACAUUUACCUUAACUGUUCCUGUUUAUGCUUUUUAUGUUAUUAUGUGGUUGUUUUGUUCACAUCAGCACAUUUUGGAAACGUAUUCAUAAGUUACUGUUCUCUUGUCUCACGAUAAGCCCUGGACUGCUGUACCUUAAUACUCAACUGCACUAUGAGGGUAAAUUUUAUUUUUUAUAUUCGUUUUUAAAGUUAAACUGGUGCAUUUAUGCACGUCAGUCCUGAAAAGAGCACUGUACAGAUUUAAAGCAGAUGCUGCUUCAGCGUUAACAUUAAUCCUCAGAGUUUGGCUCCGUCAGGCUCUAAAGCUCCUGAUUAAGGGACCUCUGGACUGAUUUGAGUUUCUAGGAUGAAAAUGCUUCUUUACAGCAGCGAUAGGUGAUACAUCACAUCCAAAGCAGAGCAGAAAUGUGCCGUUUCCUCUUUAUAAUGAUAAAAACACAAUGAGCAUAGACGAGUCCAUCUGUCAUUCUGAUCCCCUUCAGCCAAACGCUUAGAGUGUGAUGGCCCACUUUGAGAGGAAGUGGACCUCAACAAUCACAUGUUUGUUUCUUAUGCAGAAACAGUUCUAUAAUUAUCUUUAGAUGGUGGUUUAGGCGUAGCGUGUGUUAGGCCAGCACGUGAUUUAGAUCUAAAGCUUCUGAAGCACUGCUUUUGUGGAGGAAAAGCAUUUGUUGCUGCGUUGGCAGACGGGAAUUUGCAAAGUCAGCUCACUAGAAGGACAACAGAGGGUUGGAGCUCCACAGAGCUAAAUAUUCCAUUUGUUUCCUCACCAAGGAGAUGGAUCCACCCCGCUCCAGUCCCCACAGGACCUCGAUGCUUCUCUGUCACAUUUAUCUUUCUGGUCUGGAAACCGAAUGUUUCAUCUCGAACAUCUGUGUUUUCCUCACUGGGUUUCUUAUUUUUGGAGGACUCAAAUUAUUUACAUUAUUUUUUUAUAGAAACUGUACCCAUGGUUUGUUUAAGUCUCUUACUGUCAUUCAGCCUUAAUUUAAACAAGAAAGGUUUAAUGAGUGUCGUUUAAUUAUAGGAUUUCAUGCAAUAAAGCUCCAGCUUCAAAA